AUGAGCAACACCAGCUGCGAUGCCCUACUCGACAAUGGAGCCAUCACGAAACCAGACCCGGACAUCUCAGGCAUCGGCGUCAUCAUCGCCUUCAUCUUCUCCGCCUGCAUCACGCUCGUAGCAACACUCGGCGCCUACGCCUUCGGCAUGGUCGACGAAGGCCUCCUACGACCCGUCGACCGUCUCGUCUUACGCGCACCCUCACGCGCGGCGAAACAUGUGGCAAUUCAUGUGGCGUUACGAAAGGCCAUCCUCGCUCUGAGCGAUCAGCAAAUUGUGACCGGAAUUGCGAUUCUCGCAGCUGGGUUCAAUGGACUGCGAUUGGGGAAUAUUACGGUCUAUCAUUUUCAGAUUAUCAUCUACCUCGCGUGGAUGUCGAGCAGUGUGCAUCUGUCUGCCCUGACUAUCCUCCGGCCUUUCAUGCAUUUCCACCGCGGUGUCAUGGUCUGGCGGGUCAUUGGCAUGAUGGUUCUCUUCGUCAUGCUCAUUAUCGCGUUGAUACCUACCGUGAGCAACGAGUGGGCGGUCGUGACGACGCAGUUCGACAAUGGACAACCGGUCGUCAAUGCCCCAUACUCGGCGUUCGGGGUCCCAGCAUCAUGCUUCUGGGGCAAGAUCCGUGGCGCCGGUGUGAAUCCAGAUUCCAUUCUGUCGUUCGUCGUGCUCUUCAUCAGCUACCUCUGGAAAAUGGGCGGGAUGUUUCAACCAUUUCGAAGGAAGUUCGCUCGGUAUUUGAGGAAUCCUAUCGAUCGUUUGCUGGAGAAAAUGUUAUCCAAACCGGCGAGGGAGUACGAGCAUAGAGGAGGACAGUUCUGGCUUUGGACGUUCCGGGGUGCCCUUGCGAUCUACCUUCCGCUUGAGGCGAGUCUGGAGGUCAUGGGCUCUUUCUCGGCAGCUCUGUGGCUGUCUGUGUUGGGCCUUAUCUACGGGAUUAUGCAAAUCCUCAUUCCGCGGAUGUAUAUGAUGCAAAUUGACCCAAGCGUGGCGGACGCAGAGAGCAAUCUUGGGUUUGGACAGUUGAUGCCGUUGAUUCUGCUUGCUCAGCCACUGGGUGCUGUUACGGAGCAUAUCUGGCUUAAGAAAGAGGAUGAUGAGGCUUUGUAUACAGAUUAUGGUGGCGCGGAUCCGUACAGUGCGACUCUGGGCCACUAUCAAGAGGGACGCCAACUGAUCGGCCUUCCCAAGGACCCUCUCCUCCACCAUAUGGCGAGCUACGAGCUACCGCCUUGGAAGGAGCAAGCACCGCAAAGGAUCCAGCUCAAAGCGCUCCUGUACACCUCGAAGCUCUUCCACCUCAUGGUCUGGCUAACGCAAGCAGCCGUUGCUGCCACUGCUGCUGUGGUCUUCUGGGCCGACUACUGGACGAUUGGCGUCGUGCCUGCCAGCAAUUGGUACUUCAUCGCUUUGGCCGCUGGUGGUUGGGCUGCUGCGUGUCCAGUCAUCACGUUCAGUCUCGGACCCAUGUCUCGGUUGGGCAUGUUCUACAAACCACAGCCUGAGAAGUUGGAGCUGCAAACGACAUUUGCGGGUUCUUCGCACAGCACGGAAGAACAGCAUAAGGCUACGCUGUCGCCGAAUCGAGUCGAGUUGGGUCCGACGGUGACGGGCGAGGUGACAGAGGUGUGGAGUUCGGAGUGGCGGAGGGCGAGUGUGCAGCAUCCGCCUAAGUCGCCUGUCUCCCCUGUUGCGCCCCCAUAG